UAUAAACAACAACAAAGCCCAAACCUGAAACAUGGAGGUGUAUACGUUUUGCUGAAACCAGUUUAUGUGCCAGUUGACCUAGACAUAAUAAAACGAAUCCUUAUCAAGGAUUUUUCCUACUUCCAGGGUCACGCGAACGAUUUUCAUCCAAAAGACAACCUUAGCAUGAACCUUUUCUUUAUUCACGGUGAUAUAUGGAGGAAGCUAAAAAAAACAAAAGGUUUGGAGGAAUUGGUUCGGAGUCACGUCAAGCAUAGCCAACCUCUUGACAUAAAAGAAGUGGCAGCUAGGUUCACGACCGAUAUAAUUGUCAGCUGUGGGUUUGGGCUUGAAAGUAACAGUUUGGGUGAAGCUGAAACCGAGUUCCGGAUGUACGGAAGAAAAGUAUUCGAGUUGAAGGCUUGGAGGAUGUUUAUUUUGAAUGGUAUUCCGCGUAAAUUGCUGACUUUAUGUUACCAUUUAGGAUUUACAGCAUUUCCUAGAGACGUAAACCGAUUUUUCUCUAAAACAGUUAAAGACAAUAUUUGCUACCGGGAACAAACGAAAUUGUACAGAAAGGAUUUCAUGCAGUUGCUGUUAGAGAUGAAGAACAAUGGAAAUGAAGCAUCGAAUUCAAUUACAGAUGAUGAGAUCAUUGCCCAAUGUUUUGUUUUCUUUGCCGCGGGCUUCGAGACAUCGUCAACUACCACAACUUACGCUAUGUUAGAAUUGUCGCAGAAUCAAGAUAUCCAGGAGAAACUAAGAGCGGAAAUCAAGGAUGUCCUGGAAAAACACGAAGGAGUGAUUACUUACGAGGCCAUCAUGGAAAUGACGUAUCUUGAAAUGGUUGUUAACGAAACCCUAAGAAAAUACCCUCCAGUUCCAUUUAUACCUCGAUACUGCACGAAGGAUUAUCAUGUUCCAGGUACAGAUGUAAUUAUUAAAGAAGGAACCCAGGUUCAAAUUCCAGCUUGGGGCAUUCAAACCGAUCCGGAAUAUUUUCCAAAUCCGGAAAAAUUCAACCCGGAAAACUUUAGUGCGGAAAAUAAGUCCAAAAUCCCGGAAAUGGCUUUCAUACCUUUCGGAGAAGGACCAAGGAUGUGUAUAGGAUUACGGUUUGGGAAGAUACAAAGCAAACUUGCUCUGGUCAGUUUAUUGAAAAACUUUAGAUUUACUCUGAACGAAAAAACUCAUACUCCCAUCGAGUUUACGAAAGUGAGUUUCGUUUUAUCCGUUGAAGGGGACGUAUGGUUGAAUGUAACUGAAAUUUAAGAAAGAAAUGUGUGAUAACAAAAUAAUAUAUAUUUUUGAACUGUUUAUUAUAAUAUAUCUAAUAAAAAAGCCUGAAAAAUUA